GUGGGAAUAUAAAUUGUUCAGCUAUAGUUUAAUUUUUUCUUCAAAAAAAAAAAAAAGCUAUAGUUUAAUUUGCGUAGUUAUUUUCUUAAUAGAAUUGUGCUCCUAUAUUUUAUCUCAAAGCUUCAAGGUUAAAGUCACUUCUUCCUGGACUUCUUUUCGUAUAUACACAUAUUUUGUUCUAAUUCGUGAGAUUGCUUACAAAGCUAGCUCGCUAGCAAAAUAAUUAAGAAUGGGCAAUAAUCAUUUUCAUUAUUACUUGUGCUACCAAUGCUUUGAGGGAUUCCGUUCUACUAAUGAAGUCACCUCUUGUCGUCUAUGUUUAUCUGAAUUGUAUUUGUAUGAGAUUCAAAGCAAUAUGUUCUACAUUGGGGAUAUCAACAACCAUCGAGCACCCCCGCUAUUAGUUCAUCAAUGGCAAUCAAGAUAUCAUGAAAAAUCAAAUCCAUCUCUAACGCUUGAGCGGCCUGGAAUUGUGACCCGUUUAAUAUGGCGAGGAAGAGGUGAGAAACCCCAACCCCAACCUACGGGAUGGAAAGGUGAGUUGGACCGGCUUCAAACUACCAUCGAACCGUUAAUACAAUGCAGUCAAUGGUAUUGGUGCUACCAUUGUCGUAGACUAGGUCAUAUAAGAGAAACAGGUGGAGCCGUUUUAACGACUCCUCCUCUUUCUCUUAUUUUUCCUGAAAUCAUGCGAUGUCAGGAAUGCUCACUUGAAAGGGCGGUCGGAUCCACGGUUGCGACCGUUGACAACCAUGACCCCAUUUGUUGGUGUUACCGAUGUCACACACCUUAUCGUGUUGGAGUAAUAGUCCAAUCCUCUUCCUCUUCCUCCUCUUCUGGACCGAUAUGUCCUCGGUGUGAGGACAGUCGAUUCAUGUCACCGGUGCGAAUCUGGAGGAAUGUCAUCAUCUACGGGGAUAGCGAAAGAGACUCACCAAUGGACCAUAGGGGCACUGAAAUUAGCUGGUCUGUAGAUCCUUUAAGCCACGCACGGUGGACGCAUGACCGAAAGGAGUAUUUUGGGGGCGCUUAUGCAGUGCUGGGUGUGCUUCAACUCAAUCACUUCCUAGCAACAAUAUAUGACAAUGAACCUUACCCUCCUCGAAGCGGAAGCCUGUCCACCCCGGAACUAAUGAGUGUGAGAACCGCCGGUGCUGUUCGCGAUUCGGAAUUACCCCGGCCAGCAACCGGCCAAGAAUGUAGAACUGGUUUGGAAGACCUGGGGGUGAAGAAAAUGAACGAAAGCUCCAAUUUAAACCUAAACCUAAGAGGAGAAGGUUUAUUCAAGUUGUGGUUGUUGGUGGCUGCUUUUAUUGGUGGCCUUUUAUUAGGCUCCUUAAAAUUGAUUUGGUGAAGACUGGUCCAUCAAUCUACAUGCACGCCCGCUCAUGGCCCUACUUUAAUUUAUGUAUGUAUAUAUAUAUUCAGGGAAUUGAUCUAACAUGUUGUACGUCGUUCUAAGUCAGUUUAUACUGCAUGUAAUCCUAAUCAAAUAGAAUAAAAGAUGUUGGAAU